AUGUCAUCAAAAAAUUGUGCCGGAUGUCUGCAAGUUAUCAAGAGCAGACAGUUUCUAUGUUGCUGCAGUUGUGGGGAGAGUUACGACCUACUCUGUGCCAAUGUAUCGGAACAGAGAUAUCGCAAUACUCUUACGGGGGAGCACCGACGAAGAUGGAAAUGCGAUGAGUGUAGGAACCGUGAGCCCAAAAAUAACAACAGUGACACACCGGCGCGAGGACAUGAUGAUGACAAUAUUACACGCCGACGAGGAGCAUCAACUAUAAGUCCUGUAGAGGGUAGCAGCCCGGAUACAGUGCCUGAAUCAUCGAGCAAAACAUUAACUGCGGUUUCCGGAAAGUUAGAUGACCUGGUGGAGGAGAUACGAAUGUUCCGCAGUGAAAUGUCAGAGACGCGUCAUCGGGUUCUAACAUUCGAUGAGAAGCUGUGUGGACUGUUGACGCAGGUGGAGAGUUGCGUGAGCGAGGUAAGAGAGCUGCGUGCGCGCGUCGAGAAGCUCGAAAAUUGCAGCAGGUCCACCACCAAUUUAGACAGUACGCAUGGCUCCCUAGUCAACACGAUCGAAACGUUGAAGACUGAGCUGAAUGAGCGCGACCAGGAACUUCUUUUAAAUGAUAUUGAGGUCACUUGCGUGCCAGAGCAGCGGGGAGAGAGUCUGCAACACAUCGUCUUGACCUUAGCCUCUAAGGUUGGCGUACAACUGGGUCAACAGGACAUAGUCUGCGCGACGCGCGUUGGCCGCCCUCCGGGGCCUGGCGUGGGCGGCGCGGCGCAGCGACCGCGUCCCAUCGUCGUCCGUCUGGUGCGUCGUGCGAUGCGCGAUGAAUUGCUGCGUGCUGCUCGUGUUCGUCGCGGAGUCACGACCGAGGGGGUCGAUCUGCCUGGUCCGCCGCGCCGCUUCUACAUCAAUGAGCGCCUAACUCGAGCAAAUCGUUCGUUGUUUAGACGAGCGCGUGAGGUCGGCGAGCGGGCGAACUGGCGCUACGUUUGGACGAGGGACGGCAAGAUCUUCGCGCGGCAAUCCCCGGGGGAUGGCGUUCCACGUCAUCGUCUCCGCACUGAAGAAGAUCUGGAUCGAAUUUUUGGGUCUUGCGCCGUUGGUUCGUCUGCAGUCGCUGUGGACACUCGUGUCUGA